CUCUCUUUUUGCACCAGCUAGAUGCAGAUGGCUAUAUGCCUAACAUUCCGUAUCUGUUUGGGGUUGUUCUGUCACGCUUAACCCAUAAUUUGCCACCUCUGUUUGAAAAAAAAAAGUUUUUGGGCGCAUCGUCAACGUCAAAAGAACCAACAAAGUUAUUACAGCCACAUAAUGCUCGGAUCGAUGUGCCAUACGCAAAUGCCUUGCGCAAAAAGGCCUUGUCUAUAAAUUCACUUUCAGAUGUAAAAGAAAUAUUGAAGGGUGUGGGGAAGGGACGAACCCCCAUGCGGCUAUUACCAGAAUUUCCGGCGGAGGCCAGGACAGUUGCGGUUGUUUCCCAGUACACCGAUGAUGAGAAGGGGCUUCGAGAAAAGGUGAGGACGGUCUCGGCAUCAUUGCGUAAGGCAUUUCUUAAGAAGGAGAUGGUCGUGUUGCAAAAUGGAUUGAAGGCGGAAUGA